GGCUCGGGCUCGGACCCCGACUGGAGGCAGAGGCGGGCGCGCGGCCCGGUGAGCCCGGAGCCCACCCGGAUCCGAUCGGGCCGAGCGGGGGGCAUGCCCCGGCCCCCCCGGAGCCCCAGAGCGAACCCCGGAGCGCCGCCGCCCAGCGCCAGCGCCCCGCGGGAAGCCGCCGCCGAGGGGCCCUGAGCUGCAGCGCACCCCGCCCCGGAGCAGCCCCCCUCGGCUCGGCCUGCAAAGUGUGGACGUCUGCAAAACCAGGGUGGGCAUCUCUACUGGACUCCUCUGGACCCCCAAAAAGAAGGAUCUGAGACCUGAGCCCGUCUCAUCUCUCCCUGCCUGCCCCCCAGGACUGGACAGUUGCCGAAGGCCCUGGGGGGGGGCCCUGAACUGGAGUUGUGCCCCCCCCCUCAGCCCCACAGGAUGGGCCCAAGUUAACCAACCCUUGCUCACUCAGCACCGGCCAGGCCCAGAGGGCACCCCGGGGGUUCUGAAGGCCUGACUGACCGCUGCUCACCGCCAUGGAGACGAAGCUGCCCCCCGCCAGCACCCCCACCAGCCCCUCUUCCCCGGGGCUGUCACCCGUGCCCCCUCCAGACAAGGUGGACGGUUUCUCCCGCCGCUCGCUGCGCAGGGCCCGGCCACGGAGGUCUCACAGCUCCUCGCAGUUCCGAUACCAGAGCAACCAGCAGGAGCUCACCCCACUGCCCCUGCUGAAGGAUGUGCCAGCGGCGGAGCUGCAUGAGCUGCUGAGCCGGAAGCUGGCCCAGUGCGGGGUCAUGUUCGACUUUUUGGACUGCGUGGCCGACCUCAAGGGGAAGGAGGUGAAGCGGGCGGCCCUCAACGAGCUGGUGGAGUGUGUGGGCAGCACCCGGGGGGUCCUCAUUGAGCCGGUGUACCCCGACAUCAUCCGCAUGAUCUCAGUGAAUAUCUUCCGGACCUUGCCGCCCAGCGAGAACCCCGAAUUUGACCCAGAAGAGGAUGAGCCCAACCUUGAACCUUCGUGGCCUCAUCUGCAGCUGGUCUAUGAGUUUUUCCUUCGCUUCCUGGAGAGCCCAGACUUCCAGCCCUCCGUGGCCAAGAGAUUCGUGGACCAAAAGUUUGUGCUGAUGCUCCUGGAGCUGUUUGAUAGUGAGGACCCCCGGGAGCGGGAAUACCUCAAGACCAUCCUGCACCGGGUCUACGGCAAGUUCCUGGGGCUUCGGGCCUACAUCCGCAAACAGUGCAGCCACAUCUUCCUUCGGUUCAUCUACGAGCUAGAGCACUUCAAUGGGGUGGCGGAGCUGCUGGAGAUCCUUGGAAGUAUCAUCAAUGGCUUUGCGUUGCCCCUUAAGACGGAGCACAAACAGUUCCUGGUUCGGGUCCUUAUUCCCCUGCACUCUGUCAAGUCUCUGUCCGUCUUCCACGCCCAGCUGGCAUACUGUGUGGUGCAAUUUCUGGAGAAAGAUGCCACCUUAACAGAACACGUGAUCCGGGGGCUGCUCAAGUACUGGCCGAAAACCUGUACCCAGAAGGAGGUAAUGUUUCUGGGGGAGAUGGAGGAGAUUCUAGAUGUCAUCGAACCCUCCCAGUUUGUGAAGAUCCAAGAGCCCCUCUUUAAGCAGGUGGCUCGCUGCGUGUCCAGCCCCCACUUCCAGGUUGCAGAGCGGGCUCUGUAUUUCUGGAACAACGAGUACAUCCUGAGCCUCAUCGAGGACAACUGCCACACUGUGCUGCCUGCCGUGUUCGGGACCCUCUACCAGGUGUCCAAGGAGCACUGGAACCAGACCAUCGUGUCUCUCAUCUACAAUGUGCUCAAGACCUUCAUGGAAAUGAACGGGAAGCUCUUCGACGAGCUCACGGCCUCCUACAAGCUGGAAAAGCAGCAGGAGCAGCAGAAGGCCCGUGAACGCCAGGAGCUGUGGGAAGGCCUGGAGGAGCUGAGGCUGCGCCGGCUACAGGGGGCCAAGGAGGGGCCCCUCCAGCGGCUUGUGACACCCCAGGUGGCUGCCAGUGGGGGUCAGAGCUAAAGCCCCUCCCCAGGGGGCGGCACCUACCCCAGAGCGCUCAGUCCCUCCACCUCCACCCGCCCAGAGACCCCCGGCCUGGCCGGAGCAGGCGCGGGGCAGCCCAGGAGAGGCCGGCAGCGGUGGGCCUGGCACCGGACUCAGCCAGGGCGGGUGUGGCCAGGAAGCCAGAGUAUGGGGGGGGCCUGUUCCACAGAGCUGGGCUCCCCGCCCGGUCGUAGGGUCAGGGCAUCGGGCCCUUCCCUGCCCACCUUGUGCCAGCCGGCCUCCCUCACCCACCGUGGGCCCCGGGGUCUAUUUAUUCUCCCACCUCACCCUAACACACAUGCUGUCCUGGGCCUGGGGCGCCUUUCCCUCCUCGCCCUGUGCUUCCUCACCCCUUUUUAUUUAUUGGGCGGGGGGGAGGGCACCUGCAGAAGCGGUGAGGUGUGCCCCCCCACGGGUAGAUUAAUAAAGAGAGAAACUCGC